GAGCUAAUCUACGACCAACCUCAACGAGGCGUCUUCGCCAUCUUUACAGGCACCCCUGUGAUAAUCACACGAGUUGGACUAUUACAUGGGGCCAAUCUAGCCAGCCUAAAAUCGCGUGGCUUUGGAUCAACUUCCUCCUCUUCUCCAUACUGCCGAGUUAGCUGCGAGGGAAGUUCUUGUACCACUCGGGUGGUGAGAGAGAAUAACAAUCCUGUGUGGAACGAGGCUUUCAUUUUCUAUCGUGCCAGGCCCACUAAACAACCCAUCAAAAUUGAGGUCUUCGAUAAGCGAGCAAUUGGGGCAGAUGAGUUUCUUGGAGAGGGAAUAAUAAACACCCCCGAAUCAUCAGGGAACGGUGAUUUUGAUGUAAACCUCUAUACGAAAUCGAGAGAUGAGAAUAGGAUACGACUAAAAGGCACCAUCUCGGUAUCUCUGUAUACCGUGGACAUGGAGAACUACAUGAACAUAUGA